AUGCCCACAAUCAGCAAGAUUGGGAACCAGCUAUUGACCAUCACCACGGCGCUAUUAUCCUCAUCGUGCUGUCUCAUACAAUUGGUGCUCAACUUGUUUUCAAUGUCAUGCGCUGGAUUUGCUGUUUUCACUCCCUAUCGACCUUUGCUCACUGGAUUGACCAUGUUACUGUUGACAACCAACGUGGUGCGAAACGGGUGGCGACGAACGUGGAAACAAACGGCGAUUUCCCUUUUGAUUAUGAUAUCACCCGAAGUUGUGCAGUGGAUCAACAUUCACCCACACAUUCAUGGGAUUGCCGAUGAUCAUGUUGCUACGACAUCCUCAGUGGUUCUCCAAUUGGAUGGAUUGGCGUGCAUUGCUUGUGCCAACCGGAUCAAGAACGCGUUAUCCAACAUUGAUUGUGUGCAAUCAGCCAGCGUCUUUUUCGAUAACAGCUCGGCUGUGAUUCAAUACCAGAAUGGAUGCAUUCCCACUGUUACCAAGGCAACCGAGACGUUCAUUAAUAUGAUCAAGGGACUGGAUGCCAAGUAUGAUGCAUGGGUUGUACAACAAUGGUAA